AGGACAGGAAAAGAACUAGUGACGAAAGAUAUAUUAUGUGCAUUGUUGUACUCAGUGGCUAGAUCAAGAAGGGGAGCAACUAUGCGUCAUUGUCUUCGAUUGUGUUCGAAGGGUGUUGACAUGACCGCGUAUCGCUGCCUUCUGCAGGCACUGCGGCAGUGCGGUGUGGCGUAUCAACGCGUUCUUCCAGAUACGACACCGGCAGCGCUUUCCAGCGGAGCCGCAUCGUCUUUUCUACCUUUGUUCACCACGAAGUUUCACUUCCAUCAACAUCAACUUACCACGCUGGGCGAUGCUUUGGUGGACCGAUACAUUUCCGCGACGUUGCUUCAGUAUUGCAUCAGACGCGGCUCCGUUCUCACAACCAACGCGGCCGCGGAGAUAAACGCCGUCCUGCACAACCACUUCACGCUGCGCCUUUUUGCAAAAGAGCUUCAGUUUGAAGCAAUGGCAAUGUCGCCAGAACAAAGCCUACACAGCCUAGACGACCUCUCCGAUAACACACUCGGUUUCUUAGAGGCGGAGAGGGCGUCGGUGCGGAGGCAGGACGUCGCCGGCACGUCACACCAAGUUGCCCUCCUCGCGUGCGGGCAGAGCUCUCUCGGGUGGAAGUUCUCGCAGUUUGUCGGCGCCGUUCACCAGACCUUCGGUAGCGAGGCCGCCACCCGGGUACUCGAGCACGUUUAUGCAUUGCAGGACGAGCCCAACGUGCCACGGCGGGCGUCGCAGCUUCUCCUGCGGGUGCUCGAGCACUUCCCGGCGACGGGUGUGGCGGAGGCGGUGCUAGCCGCACAGGGCUUGGCAGUCCACUACACGGCCAAGUCGCGACUCCUUCCCGAUGUCACAGAAGAAGUGAAGGCGGGCACCACCUCCUCCACGCAAUCCGCUUCGCAUGAUGUGGAGGGGAAGGGAGAGAUGGAUCGCCAGCAACAACCAUCAUCAUCUGAUGCGUCCUGGAAGGGUGGGCGACCCGUUGAUGAGCUGUCGAUUGUCACUGGGUUCGACGUUGCCGGGGCGGAGCAGAGCGGUGUCACGCUGGACGGGCUGGGAGAUGACGCGCUCAGGUCUGGUAAUUUGGCGAAGGGUCCUGGCUUGAUUGACUCGGCGGACAUGUGGCGCCGGCGAACAGCGGAGUUGGUGACGCGGCGCCUAGAGCCUUCGCACGAGGCAGGAGCCUUGCUGACCUCUUCCACCAAUUCCACCGAUGGCUGGCUUUCCGCGCAGGAGCGGGCGACCUAUGAGCGCGGCCCCGCCUUUGCGGGAUGGGUGGACUUCGCGGCGUUUAGCACCUACGCCGACGUCUACGGACCCACGCAGCCGGAGAACGGCCGCAUCGUGCGUCGCGUCAAAUUUAAAAAGCACGUCCGCGACCCUCGCUUCUACGACACUAUGUCGGAUGCCCGCAACGGCGUGCCCUUCGACACAAAUGGCGAGACGCUGUCAGACUACCUGAACGCCUUUACGCGGCCCCACCGCCGACUUUUCGAAGUGACGAUGUUGGCGGGACGCGGUGGGGAAGUGAAGCUUGUCGGUCGCGCCAUUUCGCCCCGCUACACGACCGCGAGGGAGAGCGCCGCACGUGCGUUCUUGGGUGGUGCGCUGCGCGACGUCUUGGCUCUUGAAGGUUCCGUGGGAGAGAGCGGGCGAGAAGCGCCGAGUUCUUAA